CGUGCGCUGCAGUCGAAAAAUUUACCUAUUCGCCGCUUUAGCUUCGAUAACGAUUAAAGUGAAAUUUAGAAAUUCGAUAAUUGUGCAAAUGCUACACCGAUAAGUGUAAUCGACUUGGAAUAAGUUUCAAAUAAAAACGAUUACAUAAUAUUUGAGUUAUGCCAACGAAGAUAAUCUUUCAACACGUAAUUGAUAAACGGGGCUGUGUGCAAUAAUAAUAACAACACUCUUUAGCCAAAAGUUAUUUUGCAUUAUUGUGAUAAGCGAUAAUUCGAAUUGUUCAACGUGAUGUCAAUCAAGCGCAAUAAGGUGACCACACAAAUUCCGGAGCCACCGCCCGAGGGCACAUCCCUGGUGCUGGACACGCGUCUCUCGCGGCACGUGGAGAGCGUCAUACCGAAAAAGCGUCAGGAGUCGCUCAAGUGGUACGGAUGGGGAUAUAACGAUUCUGCGUUCUAUGAACGUGACGACAUCAUCUGCUUCAAAGGCGCAAAAUACCCGCUGGACGGUUGCGAGUUGCCAACAUUCACCAAAUGGGCGAAGAGCAAAUUCAACAUGGAAUUCGAUCCCACCAAGUCGUAUCCACAGCUGCCGCAAACCUACCCCAAGCCCGUGCAGAAUGCUCCGUUCCUGAACGAGCUGCGUGGCGUGAGCAAGGUGGAACACUCCCUCGAUGGUGUCGAUCGUCUGGUGCGUUGUCAUGGCCAGACACUGCGGGAUAUCUACAGUCUGUGGAACAAUAAAUUCCAACGCAUACCGGAUCUGGUGGUGUGGCCCCGCUGUCAUGACGAGGUUGUCCAGCUGGUCAGGCUGGCGCACAAGCACAACGUGAUGCUGUUGCCCUACGGCGGCGGAACGAGCGUCUCGGGUGCGGUCACCUGUCCGCAGGGUGAGGAGCGUAUGAUUUGUGUGCUGGACACAUCACAAAUGAAUCGCAUGCUCUGGCUGAAUCGCGAGAACCUCACUGUCUGUUUUGAAUCGGGUGUUGUGGGUCAGGAUCUGGAGCGUGAGCUACGCAAGCUUGGCCUCACGGUGGGUCACGAGCCAGAUUCGUACGAGUUCAGCACCCUUGGCGGCUGGGUCGCCACCCGUGCCUCGGGCAUGAAGAAGAACGUCUACGGCAACAUCGAGGAUCUGGUGGUGCGAGUGCGCAUGGUGACGCCCUCGGGCACUCUGGAGCGGGAAUGCAGUGCGCCGCGGGUGAGUUGCGGACCGGACUUCAAUCAUGUCAUACUCGGCUCCGAGGGCACACUGGGUGUCAUCACGGAGGUGGUGCUAAAGGUGCGCCCUUUACCACCAGUACAGCGCUAUGGAUCCCUGGUGUUCCCGGACUUUGAACAGGGCAUUCGGUUUAUGCGUGAGGUGGCGUUGCGUCGUUGCCAGCCCGCAUCGGUGCGGCUGAUGGACAACGAACAGUUUGUGCUCGGUCAGUCGUUAAAGCCCGAGAAGAGCUGGCUGGCCAGCUGUGUGGACGCGCUCAAGCAGCGCUAUGUGACCAGCUGGAAGGGUAUCGAUCUGGAGCACAUUUGUGCCGCCACGCUGCUCUUCGAGGGCGACCUCAAGGAUGUGCAGCGUCAGGAGGCGCUGAUCAAUGAGAUCGCAGCACGCUACAAAGGAUUUCCGGCAGGUGGUCAGAAUGGCGAGCGGGGUUACCUCUUCACCUUUGUCGUUGCCUACGUUAGGGACUUUGCCAUGCAUCAGGGUAUUGUGGCCGAAUCAUUUGAGACAUCUGUGCCCUGGGAUCGCUGCAGCAUGUUGUGUCGCUGUGUUAAGAAACGAGUUGCUUCGGAGUGUUCCAGGCAUAACAUUUCCCAUUACACGAUCUCAUGUCGGGUGACACAGACCUACGAUGCCGGCGCCUGCAUUUACUUUUACUUCGGCUUCCGCUCGCCGAGCAUUACCGAUCCUGUUGGCGUCUUUGAGUCCAUUGAGCACAGUGCUCGUGAGGAGAUUCUUGCCUGCGGUGGCUCCCUGUCGCAUCAUCAUGGAGUGGGAAAGCUGCGUAGUCAUUGGUAUCGCAAUGCAGUCACAGAGACGGGUUCAGCUCUCUAUUCAGCGGCUAAGCAGCAUCUUGAUCCGCGCAACAUCUUUGCCGCGGGAAAUCUUUUGCCCUCGAAGGAGCAGCUGCAGCUCGACGAAGCGGAGAAGCUCGAAAAGGCCGCAGCAGCUGCCGCGAAAGCCAAACUUUAAAGUCACUUAAUCCUUAUAUAGUAUAUGAAAAUACUAGUCUAGAUCGAAUUCCUUCAAUUCAAUUUGUAGCUGCUUUGGCCCCUUUGCAGUUAAGUUUGCAUUUGUCGUAGAGCUCACCUUUUGUAUGGGUUUUACCUUUUUGAUAUGACGAAUAAAUAUGGUAAAUUUGCAAAACGAA